CACGCAAUAAUGUUCGAUAUCUCACUUCCUCAUAUGAAUAGAUUUAGGGGACCAGAAACCUCCCACGUGUCACAUUCUGCUGGUGCAGAGGAUAGAACCAAGACUAGUGUGAGGAACUCCUUCACGUUUGAUCUUGCAACUUUCUGAGGCACCGGGAUUCACAUUCAAGAAUGGAAGAUCUGAACAACAGCAACAGCUCAUGGGACCAAAAUUAUGAUACCAACAUCAGCGCUGGCAAUUCCAGCAUCAGAUAUGGCUGCUAUAAUGGCAACGAAGGAUUCAUCGUAUAUGUGGUCUCAUGGAUCGUUAUUUGCGUCGGACUGCCUUUGACCCUAUUGGCCGUCUAUGCCGUUUCUUCUUGGAGCCGAAACGAUCACAGUGCUCACAUCUACGCCACCAACCUCCUCAUUUCUGAUCUAAUUCAGCUCUGCUGCAUGAUUGCUUGGGUGGCAGGCGAGAAAUGCAAGGAAAUGCUUUUUUUGUACUUUUUUGGUGUGUUUUCCAGCGUUGGCUUCAUGGUGUGUAUUUCCCUGGAAAGGUACCUGGUCAUUGCGUGGCCGCUGUGGUACAGAUGUAGACGAACCAUCAAAAACUAUGUGGUGACCUGCACCAUCGUCUGGGUCCUCCCUCUUAUUUUUGUCCUGCUGUGCUUUUACACUAAAGACCGUAUCCAAUUAACCAUCAUUGCUGUCUUCCUCUUCCUCCCCCUCCCCCUGUUCAUCUUCUUCCUGCGUGGGACUCUUAAAGCCCUAUCUGCAUCCCUCAGUGUCCCCACCGAUGAAAAACGCAGAAUUGUGGCAGUUUUGGUUGUGAUUCUGCUUAUUUACACACUGCUGUUCCUGCCCUGCAUCAUUUUGUCACUGGCAGCAGCCGAAAUGAGCCACGGCUACAGAAUGAUAACUUUCAUUCUUACGCAGAUCAGUCCUCUUGCAGAUCUGAUUUUGUACAUUUUCAUCAGAAAAGGUGCCACAGACAAGCUUUUGGCCUCUCUGUGUUUUUGUAGAAUGUAGAUACAGCAAUCAGCACAUGGACACAAUGAAUAAUGUGUAUACAGCCAGCUUCAUGUGGGCAGGAAAUAGUUUGAUUUUAGUUGUCGUUGUAGGAAGCUUCAUAGCAGCUUUUCUGUAGGCUCUGGCUAUGGAUACAUGUUUUAUAGUUCUAUAUAAACUAUAUUAUCAAUUACAUUCAAAUAAAUGAUGCCUAAUCACGUUUGCCUGAUUGUCAUUGUCCAUGCAGUAAGACGCAGUAAAGAAAAAAACGUGGAGCCAAUAAAAAGUAUUCAGUGGCUUUGUGGGAAGAUAGUUUGAUUUGCACUUCAUCCACGUUUCCACCUUUGUGGAUAAAGACGUAAUAAUAUGACAGCAGAUGUCAUAACAUAAAGAUGUCUCAUAAUUGCCCCUCGGGGAUAAAUAACUUUUUUUCUUAUUCUGAUUCUAAUAUGGAAAACAAACUCCACUGUUUCUUCAGUCUUUGUUCAUGCAAGCUUUGACACACAUACAAUGGAAGGUUGUCUUCUGAUCUGCAGCAGCUCCACUCAGGUCUUUAUUUGAAGAUGUUGGAAUUUGACAGUUAAACUUACUGGGAGGUAAAAAUAACCAUACUUUUUACAACCCUAGUUGCUUCUUGAACAUCACAAAAAAGGCCUAAUUCUUACAGAUGAAUUCCUCCGCUAACAAGAAGAUGAGAAGAUGAGAAUCACAGACAAAAUAGAAAGGCGUACUAACGCAGGUUUAUAUCAGUGUUUAUAACAGUGUUGAAGUUUUGAUGCGUUGAAUUACCCUGCAUCACUGUUUAGUUUCUGGGCAGUCCAUUCAAGUGUUCAAGGUUUUGCUAAAGACUCAAAAGCAGCAUCAUGUCACACAGCUGUGAGUCAGGAGGUUUUCCUCUUGAUAAAGAUCAAGGAACCAAACUGCUGUUUAUCUGUCACUGAGCUCUGAACAUGCAAAGCGUAACUGCUUUUUUUUA